AUGGUCCGGCAACUCUACUGGAUCCCACGAGGCCGAGCAGUCGUGAAGCUGUGGUUGCGCCGUUGCGUUACUUGCGUGCGAUGGCGAGCGGCGACUCCGCAACAGCUGAUGGGGAGCCUACCAAAAGAGCGGGUGACUCCCGCUUGCCCCUUUUUGAACAUUGGCGUUGAUUACGCCGGCCCUGUUCAACUUCGAACUAGCCGAGGACGCGGUCAGCGGUCUUACAAGACUUUUAUCGCCGUGUUUGUUUGUCUGUCCACGAGAGCCGUCCACCUCGAGGCGGUGUCGGACUACACCGCCGACGCCUUCCUGGCGGCCUUACGACGAUUCGUGUCCCGUCGUGGUCUGUGUCGCACAAUCCGGAGCGACUGCAGGACGAAUUUCGUAGAUGCCGAUGCCCAACUGCGAGCCUUCUUCGCGGCCAGUAGUGCUGAGCUGCGCCGGGUCAUCGGACAUUUAGCCAGAGAUCGGAUCCAGUGGCUGUUCAACCCCUCGUCCGCACCGCAUUUUGGCGGUAUCUGA